CUCUCCACAGCUGGAGACUGAAUCUUGAAGGCAGCCCUCCUCCCUACUCCAUCACCAGAUUUUCAAAGCAAAAGCUAAGAAAAGUAGACUAUAAUUCUUGGCCAAACGACUCCACUCUCUUGCCACAGUUUUAACCUGGGUGUGAAAUAGGGCCCCCAGUUUCUUUUUGCCAUCUAACAGGGAACACAACAGUUUGCCUGAUUCUUUAGUCAGAAGUUGAAACAUGGCAAAAUAGCCUAAAUUGUAUGGCAGAAAAUACAAGGCAGAAGGAUGUUCCUGGGCUCGUUUGGAGGUUAAAAAAGCGUGGGUCUUCCAGGAGCAGCCGUUGAGUCCACACUGAGCUAACUAGUUCACUACUAGCAAGUGCCAGCAGGUAAAGCUCAAUAAUGAUGAGCCAUCUGGGUAGGAAGUUGCGGGGUCAUUACAGCAGGAAGCGUGUCUAGGAAAGGCUAAGCUGAGAGGACCCAAGAGUUUGGGUGGAAAUUCCUGGAGUUGGAAGUCUUCCUUAAGGCUCCUCGGCUCUUUCUCCGGCAAAGACAAAUCUGAGCUCAUUUCCUUUGCUUUUACAAGAAAAACACUCCCCGAACCCCGCCUUUGCUGGCAGAGGAGUAGGUAAGCUUUACAUCUCUUUAUCAAUGCUGCCUUUAAAGAAAGCGUACCCUGGGGUUGGAAGAGUGGGAAAUAUAGAGAGUGCGGGGAGCUGUAGAAAAUAUGGAGGCUCUCAUGGUCGUGGAAAUGAGCAAGGACGUUAACAUUAAUCCCAAAUCCAUUGUUCUGUGCUGUUACUGCCUUUCUGCGAUCUUGACACAGGUCUGAGCAGCAGUCGCAGGCUUCUGGGCGAAGAGGCGCUGGACCCCUGCGUCCUCGGUGUCCGUCCUCUUUCAGGACCGAGCGUCUCCUUUAAUAGGCGGGGCCGGAACUGGCCGAGGGUCCCUCGCUUUGUACGUGUCGGGGGCGGAGUUUGGAGUCGGCCCUUGCAGCAUGGCCGCCGGCACUGCCGCUGUCUUAGCGUUUUUGAGUCAGGAGAGCCGAGUCCGGGCCGAGGGUGUCGGGGGUCUGCGGAUACCGGCCCCGGUCACUAUGGACAGUUUUUUCUUCGGCUGUGAGCUUUCCGGGCACACCCGCUCCUUCACCUUCAAAGUAGAGGAAGAGGAUGAUGCGGAGCACGUGCUGGCAUUGACCAUGCUCUGUCUCACCGAGGGGGCCAAAGACGAGUGUAAUGUGGUAGAAGUUGUGGCCCGGAACCAUGACCAGCAGGAGAUUGCAGUUCCUGUGGCUAACCUCAAGUUGUCCUGCCAGCCCAUGCUCAGUUUGGAUGACUUCCAGCUUCAACCACCUGUAACCUUCCGCCUGAAGUCUGGCUCUGGCCCUGUGCGGAUCACUGGGCGCCACCAGAUUGUUAGUAUAAGUAACGAUGUUUCUGAGGAAGAGGAGAGUGAGGAAGAGGAGAGUGAAGAGGAGGAAACUGAGUUGUGCCCCAUCUUUCCUGCCAAAAAGCAGGGGGGCAGGCCCUAGCCCUCCUUGGUCAGCCAGCCGCCUAUGUGCACCAUGUUCCUGGACAAGUUUCAAGAAUUGUAAAUGUUUCCUCUUCAUUGAAGAGGAGAGUUUGGGGUGGGGGUUUGGUUCGAGGGACGUGGGCCAGAGCUAGGAAAGGGGCCUGCUCUUCAUAGGGCCCUGGUGUUCUGGUCUUGCACCAUGCCUGGGGCUUCCCUUUUCUCUAGGAGUGGGAGGAACUCUGAACUUGUAUCCUGAACAACCCUCCCUCUCCACCUGCCUAUGAGGAUUGGAAGUUAGUGUCUGGAGCUCAGAACUACACAUUUUUAACACUUUUUACAUUUUUGGAUAAAGGUUGAAAUAAAGUGCUGUGGGGUUUUUGUAA